GCAGACCCGCACGGGAACUUUGGGCUCGAAGUUUUGUGUUUCCACACCAAUUAGAACCCGCUCAAGUUUCAAACAUGCCACUGAGCCUGUUGCAGGACUGGUGUAGAGGGGAGCAUCUGACCAGCCAGCGAUCCAUGCUAAUCCUCGGCAUUCCCGAGGACUGUAGUGAGGAUGAGUUUGAGGACACUGUGCACUUGGCUCUCAGGCACCUGGGAAGAUACAGGGUCAUCGGUAGGAUGUUUAGAAGGGAGGAGAAUGCCAAGGCCUGUCUACUGGAAUUUGCAGAAGAUUUUGACUGCGCUUCGGUCCCCAGAGAAAUACUAGGCAAGGACGGGCCCUGGGAGGUGAUUGUAGAACCUCCUAAUUCAGAUGGUGAAUUUCUUAAUAGACUAAACCACCUGUUAGACGAAGAGCGAAGAACGGUGUCUGACAUUAAUAGAAUCCUCGGGUCCUAUACUAAUUCUGCUCCUAGGCUGGCUUUUAACCCAGAAGUUUGGAACUGGACCCAGACCCUGGAGAUAACAGUUCAGCCUCUGCUAGAGCAAAUGUUGUACCGACAGCUAAGAGUGUUUUCUGGAAACACCACACCUGUCCCAGGGAUGUCAGCCUUUGAGGCCUGGUUUGAGCACACCACGGACAUGUUACAAAUGUGGCAAGUGCCUGAGAUGGAAAAGAGGCGCAGGCUCAUAGAAUGCCUUCGAGGUCCUGCUCUGCAGGUGAUCAGUGUGCUGCGGGCCAAUAAUCCUGGCAUCACUGUAAAAGAGUGCCUUGAGGCCCUGCAGCAGGUGUUUGGGCCUGUAGAGAAUGGGAGGAUGGCUCAGAUAAAAUUUGCUGAGGCCUACCAGGAGCCAGGAGAGAAAGUCUCCAACUUCGUGCUACGUUUGGAGCCGUUGCUACAAAAAGCUAUUGAAAAAAAUGUAAUACCACGGAAGAGUGUGAAUCAAACUCGCCUGAAACAAAUCUUAGACGGAGCCACUCUUACUGACAAACUUCGAGACAAGCUUAAGCUGAUGAAUCAGCGCAAGAAGCCACCAGGUUUCCUGGCCCUGGUGAAGUUCCUGCGUGAAGAGGAGGAGUGGGAGGCCACCGUGGGUCCAGACAGGGAGUUCCUGCAACCUGUGGAAUUAUCUCGAAGACCCUCAGGCACAAUCAGUGAGUUCGGGCCUUCUCUCUCCGCCUCUGAGCAAAGCGGUCAGACCUGGCUUUCCCAAGGCCCCCAGGGCUCCCAACAUCAUCGCCGUAACCAGAGGGGCAGCAGAGGCUGGAAGGGCAGUAUGCUGAGAGGUGGCUCUCGAGGUGCAGGCAACCGGAACCACCACACAUUCUGUUACAGUUGUGGAGAAGAUGGCCACAUCAGGGUACAGUGCUUCAACCCCUCCAACUUGCUCUUGGUGAGGCAGAAGAAGCAGGCUGCAAGUAGAAAGUUGGGAAACGGAAGCUGGGCUUGAGACAAGAGCCAACCCAAGUCCAAGGUCAGAGAACAAGGUAUAAUUUUUUACCACAGGUUAAGCAGACAAAAGACAUACUGAAAAAAUGGAAAGGCAUAGUCCAGACAAAUAGCAGGAGACUUGAGGGAGCAGGAAGACAGGACAGCCAGGCCCAAGCCAGACCCCCUCACCCUUCACCAACUGUCACCAACCAAGACCAAAAUGCACCCAACGCU